AUGCGUAGGGCCACGGCCGUUUUCAUAGCUGCGUCCGCCGCAUUGUCGAGCAUGCUCGGGAUCAGCGAUGGCUCCAGGAUAGCAAUAUGGCCAUUGGCAGCCACCACGAUGUGCCGUUGCGUUGGUCGUUCCUCCUCCUCGGCCGCUACCGAGUUACAGGCCCAACGCUGGGCUGUUGCUCUUGCUCAGCGUGGUGUGGAACACGUCGGCGUCCGGGACAAGCCGCAGGAUCUCGUCGGCCACGCGGACGCCAUUGAGGCUGCGCGCCGUGGCGAGGUCAAGGCCGCGCCUGUCGCCGACACCUUGCUCCCCUGGUCGCACGGCCACCGCGCCUACAACCUCCUAGACGAUGGCCACGACACCGUCCAGGCCAACGUCGAGCUCGGCUUCGCCGUCGACUCCCGCGAGUACGGCAUCGGUGCCCAGGUAGCAAAGUUCGUCGGGCUCAAGGGCUACGGGCUCGCCGUCGUCGGCAGGGGCGACAGCGGCGGCGGCGACCUUGAGGCCGGGAACGGCGAGCCAUGCUCGAUGUGCCUGGAGGAGCUGCACGCCGGCGAGAUGGUGCGGGAGAUGCCGUCGUGCAAGCACCUGUUCCAUGUGGAGUGCAUCGACAUGUGGCUGCACUCGCACCGGACUUGCCCGAUGUGCCGGUGCGACCUCUCGCCGCCCCGGGACGUGGCCAUGGAAGAGACCACGGCGGCGGAGACAUCACCGCCGGCUGAUGACGCCUUGCCACCGGUGUAG